AUAAAUAAAUAAGCUAUCUAGAGAAAUAAAUAAGGUGACUCAUACUAGUAGCUUAAGAUAGUGGAAGGUGAGGUGGAAGAUGAUUUGGAAAAAAGAUAAAUAAAAAAAAUAGUUGAAAGUGAGGUGGAGAAUGGUGAGUAACCUCACCAAUGCCCAUACUCUUAUAAGCUUUUCCUAAAAGUAAAACAAGCCAGUGUUACAAUAAUGAAAAUGCUAGGAAAUACUGACACAAGAAUAAUUGGCAUUUUUAAGUAUAUAUCAUAUUGAGAUGCAAAAUAUGACUCAAAGUCACAUCUCUUGCUAAAUAUCACUUUGUCGAUGUCGAGGCCUAGUAAGAAUAUAGGACUUUUUCAUUGGAUCUUAAAAUCUAUAAAUAUAAUUAAAGUAAUAACCGCUGACAUUAUUCCUUAUUUAAAUUGUACAGAUUUCAAGUUGUGGUAAAAAUAUUUUCCGCUUAAAUCAAUUCUUGACAUCAUAUUCUUAUUUUUAUUUUUACUUAUUUUUUUAAACCUUUUAUUUUUUACCUUAAAUUAUACUCUUUCCGUCCCUAAAAUACAUUCCUAUUUCUCUCUAUUAUGUGAGAAUAAAUAAUAGAAAUAUGAAUGUAAUUUAGGAACAGAGGGAAUAAUAUGUUAUUUCUGUUUUUUUUUUUUUUUUUUUUUUUAAAUUAUUAUGGAUUUAUAAAAAAAACUAUCUAGAUUCCAAGAGUACUCUUGGUUAAUGGUUAUAUUUGUAUACGUAUUUUUUUUACUCUCGUUUUAAGACACCCACCCUUUCACGCCACCACCAUCACUUUUCACACCCACCAAUCUUUCACGCCACCACCCACCACCAUCUCCAACCGCACACUCUGCACCUCUUGGCACAUUGCACCACCUCGCAUACACUCAAAAUCAGUGGCUCAUUUGUGUUCUUGGAAUAGGCGCCAUUAGUAUGCGCUCGAACCAGCACAGACUCAUAUAACAGGCGCAUGUACCACUGUAGAGACGCAUAUUAGGCGCUUGUUGUACAAUACAGAAUCCUCCAACCAAAGGUCUACAAUAGGUGUUGUUUGAUAUAGCUAAAGGGGCUGCCCACCAACUGUUUGUUAGAAGUCCUCACUGAAAAAACUUGCCUAAAUCCCAUAAAAGCAAAAGGGGUUUUAAUUCUUGCACGCUGUACCAAAUUUUGAGCUGAAUUUAGUGUUAUUAGUGAGUAAACAUCGUUCCUAAAGUAGGAACUUCGUGUAGAAGAGAGAACUUCAAAGGGGAUAUUUGCUUAUACCAGGGUGUUGUAUAGCUUGAUUGAAGGUAUCUUGAGAUGUAUAUAAGACCCACUAUUUUCUGGGGUUUUUAGAGGAUGCCCAAGUGGUUAACAGAUGAUGUACACGGGUUUCGAACCAAGGUUCAUGGUACAUCUCCUAGGGACUUUGCUAGCUGACAUUCAUAGAAUGCAUUAGAGUACAAUGCAAAUGCCAGACUUCAAAGCAUGGAGUGAACUUGUAAGGGCUCAAUCUAUUGGUGGGAGACAUGAUGAGGUUUUAUCACUUUUCCUUUCAAAAUUACGAUAUCCAUUUGGAUUUAGGCCUGAUCACAUUGUGCUGCAAGCUGCUUUAAAAUCAUGUGCAAUUCUCCCAGCACUUAAUGUAGGCAGAGCUCUUCAUAGUGUUGUUGUUAAGCUGGGUCAUCUUUCCUGUCUUUCUGUAUCUAAGGGACUGCUUAAUGUGUAUGCUAAGACUAAGUCCUUUGAUGACUGCAAGAAACUGUUUGAUCAGAUGCCAAAGCGCGAUACUGUUGUUUGGAACAUUGUAUUGGCCGGUAUAGCUGGGUCCUAUUCUCAUGACGAUAAAGUGAUGAGAUUAGUGUAUAGUAUGCAUACUUGUCAAGAAGCUGAACUCAGCCCUGUAAGUAUUGCUAUCAUUCUUCCUGUUUGUGCCCGUUUGAGGAGUUUAGAUGCUGGUAAAAGCAUACAUUCUUAUGCUGUGAAAUCUGGAUGGGCUUCUGAAACACUUGUGGGAAAUUCACUUGUAUCUAUGUAUGCGAAAUGUGGGCUGGUUUAUGAUGGUGCAUAUGCAUCCUUUUGUGAGAUAUAUGAUAAAGAUGUUGUCUCAUGGAAUGCAUUAAUUUCUGGGUUUACUGAGGGAGGGUUCUAUAGUGAUGCUUAUUUGCUGUUUAGACGUAUGUUGUUGGGGCAUGUUGCGCCAAACUAUGCUACUCUCGCAAGUAUUCUACCUGUAUGCGCCACUUUAGAUAGAGAUAUUACUCAUAAUUUAGGGAGAGAGUUGCAUGUUUAUGCUCUUAAACAUUGUGAGCUGCAAAAGGAUGUUUUUGUGGUCAACGCUCUUAUGAGUUUUUACUUGAGGAUGGGUGUGUUGGAAGGUGCAGAAGCGUUGUUUUCUGGGAUGACAUCACGGGAUCUAGUUUCAUGGAAUGUCAUUAUUGGCGGAUAUGCCUCAAACAAUGAGAAUUCUAAAGCAGUCCACUUGUUUCACAAUCUAAUUUCAGGGAAGAUGCUGGAACCAGACUCUGUUACUCUAAUUUCUGUCCUCCCUGCUUGUGGCCAAUUGCAAAAUCUGUGGAUGGUUAAGCAGAUUCAUGGCUAUACUUUCCAAUAUCCAACUUUAUAUACUGACACAGCAGUUAGUAACGCCCUGAUAAGCUCGUAUGCUAAGUGCGAUGACUUAGAUUCAUCUUUGAGGACAUUUAAUAUCAUAUCUCAGAAGGAUUUGAUCUCCUGGAACUCAAUGCUUGAUGCUUUUGCUGAUAGUGGAAGGGAAUCACAGUUAGUUAAUCUGUUACACCAAAUGUUUGAAGAGGGGUUCUUACCUGAUUCCAUCACUAUAUUAACCUUGAUCCGGUUUUAUGGAAGUGUUUCCAGAUUAUAUAAGGUUAAAGAGGCUCAUGGUUACUUACUAAGGGCCUGUCUUUGUCAAAAUACUACUCAACCUACACUAGGUAAUGCUUUACUUGAUGCUUAUUCUAAAUGUGGUUGUGUGGAUGACGUUGGUAAGAUUUCUGGAAUAAUAUUAAGUGAAGGGAGGCUGAAGUGGGAUUUAGCAAAACCAGGAUCCUUGACUUGCAAUUUACAAGCUCAAGCUGGACCUUGUAAUGUUCUGGAGUGUAUGUCUCAAACUGAUCUUGUGACAUAUAAUUUAAUGAUCCGAGCCUAUGUGGAGAAUAAUUGUCUUGAACAGGCUGCGGCUCUGUUGUUUGAGUUUCAAGUUAAAGGUGUGAAGCCUGAUGCAACAACCAUUAUGAGCAUUCUACCUAUGUGUGCUAACUUGGCUUCAGCCCAUUUGCUUAGGCAGUGUCAUGGAUACAUGGUCCGAGCUUGUAUUGAUGACAUUCAAUUGAUAGGAACCAUGAUAGAUGUAUACUCAAAAUGUGGCAGCUUGAGGUUAGCUACAAAGCUUUUUUGGUCAAGUUCCCAUAAAGACCUAGUUAUGUUCACAGCUCUAAUUGGUGGAUAUGCCAUGCAUGGUAUGGGAAAAGAAGCACUUGCCGUGUUCAAUCACAUGCUUGUGUUGGGUGUGAAGCCAGAUCAUGUAGCUCUCACAGCCAUCUUGUCGGCCUGCAGUCAUGCUGGACUUGUGGAUGAGGGCUCGAAGAUUUUUCAUUCCAUAGAGAAGGAUUUUGGAGUUAAACCUACCAUGGAGCAAUUUGGUUGCAUUGUGGAUCUUCUUGCUCGAAGAGGCAAAAUCAAGGAUGCAUAUACUUUUGUCACUGAGAUGCCUAUAAAAGCAAAUGCAAACAUAUGGAGCGUAUUGCUUGGUGCAUGCAGGACUUAUGAUGAGGUGGAACUGGGUCAGAUUGUUGCUGAUCAACUUUUUAGUUUAGACGACAGUGAUAUUGGGAGUUAUGUGGCAAUGUCAAAUCUUCAUGCAGCUGAUGAAAAGUGGGAUGGGGUCUUGGAGAUCAGAAAGCUGAUGAAGACUAGAGAUUUGAAGAAGCCUGCUGGAUGCAGUUGGAUUGAAGUCAAUAGCAAAAGAAGAAUAUUUGUAUAUGGCGACUCAUCUCAUCCCGAGACAGAUGCAAUAUACUGCACAUUGAUGGCCUUGGAUAAAAAAGUUAAUGAGCCGCUCAAUAUUUGAUAAUGGGCACUUUGGGCAGUAGUUAAAAGGUAUUGCCUUGGUCCUAUCGUGUUCUCUUCUCUAGAAGGGAGACAAAUCUCAAUCAAAUUGCUUAGCUUGGAUCAUCAUGGCUUCAUGCCGACGUGUGCAUAUGGCACUGAGAACAAUGAGAAAAUAGCUUAUGUGGAUGAUGUGUGAAGACAAUAAUCAACUGAAGCCCACAAAUAUCAGCCAUGUGUAACCUCAUUGGUGAUAUGAUUUGUGGCGGUAAAGUUUAAAGGAUCAACUUUUUUGUGCAUAUGAUCCAUCGGAUACCCAUGCCCCUGGUCUGAAGCCGCUGGUUCACCUCUGCUUUCUCCUAAAGACAGGCUUGAGAAACACUUGGUUGGGGUGGUCAUAGGGCUUGUUUGGCGA